AUGCAUCUCAUGUACACACUUGACUCCAAGGGCAACCGCCUGUACACCCUCCAAAAGGUCGCCGGGGGUGAGGUCACCAAGUCCGCACACCCGGCGCGAUUCUCCCCAGACGACAAGUACUCAAGACAUCGCGUCACACUCAAGAAGCGUUAUGGCCUUCUCCUCACCCAGCAGAAGGAUUUGAAGGUGCUUGGACAAUAG